UGAGAACUACCAAGUACCAAGAUAGUAAUAGCCGUAAAUGUUGAUACAUCUGAUAUUCUUUUCUAAUUGUUUCCUUUUUUCUUUUGUGACAGAGUUACCAGUUUAAUCACAAUGCAGAAUAUAUUAAAUGCUGUUAAAGGAAAAGCUCUUGGUGUUGCUGAGUAUCUUACCCCAGUUUUAACAGAGAGUAAAUUUUUGGAAACUGGUGUACUGACUCCAGAAGAGUUUGUUGCUGCUGGAGACCACCUUACUCAUCACUGCCCCACAUGGCAGUGGGAUGCUGGAGACCCAGCCUACACUCGUCCAUACCUGCCUCCUGACAAGCAGUUCCUUGUCACCAGAAAUGUGCCUUGCUACAAACGUGUAAAACAGAUGGAGUACCAGGGUGCAGAAACUGUGUUGGAUGAAAAUGACGGUGAUGGAGGAUGGGUUGACACCCACAGCUCCUCUCUGCUUGGCGACAACGGAAGUGGGGCUGUUGCUCAACAAAUUGCAGAAAUGACCCUUGAUGAUGACAAAGAAGAGGCCUCAAGAUCAGUUCCAGCUCCUCUUUUAGAGCGUCAAGAGGAACCUGAGGAUGAUGAGGAUGAAGCUUUUGACAUGGACGAAUUUGAUGAAAUGGGCAAAGUUCAGGAUGAGGACCCUUCCGAGUACAUCGCGCCCGUCGUCUCUGGCAAGUCUGGUCUUGAUGACGUCAUGGAGGGCGCUGCUGGUGGUGGAGGCGAGAUUGUCCCUACACGACGUUACGAUCUGCACAUCACUUACGAUAAAUAUUACCAGACUCCUCGUCUCUGGCUCACUGGAUAUGAUGAGAACCGCGUGCCCCUGAGCGUGGAGGCCAUGUAUGAGGACUUCAGUGAAGACCACGCAAACAAGACCAUCACUGUUGAGACCCACCCUCAUCUUUCUGGGGGACCUCCCAUGGCUUCUGUACAUCCCUGCAAGCACGCCGAGACAAUGAAGAAGCUGUGCGAGAUUAUGACCAGUCGCGGCAGUCGGGAGCUGCAGGUGCACCUAUACCUCAUCGUCUUUCUCAAGUUCAUGCAGGCCAUCAUCCCCACCUUGGAGUACGACUUCACCCAGAAUUUUACACUCUAAUGCAUGCUAUCAUCCUCAUUUUGGAUUUCGACUUCACGCAGAACUUUUUAACUUAAUUCAUUCAAACAUUUAUACAACUUGGAUUCCGACUUCACCCAGAAUUUUUUAACUUAAUUCAUUCAAACAUAUAUACAACUUGGAUUACGACUUCACCCAGAACUUUUCAUUCUAAGUCAUGCCAUCAUUCAAACCUUGGAUUAGAACUUCACCCAGAACAUUGCACUCCAAGAUUCCAUCACCAUGACAGCCUCCUGUGUUCCUCCUGUAGAGUCAUUGCUUAUCUGCCACUCGUCUUUCAUUAAAAUAAUCUAUUUCCAUUUGCAUGCGUGUUAUGUUUCAUUCAUUUUUGUGGUAAUUCUUCAUUUUAUUGUUGAUGUUUCAGUCUCGCAUUUCUUUUCACUUUUAUUAGGGCUUAUCUUGAGUUUGUGGUCAUGUACGUAGUCUUUUAUUAAACACUGUACAAUAUAGAACAGUGAGUUGGGUAUGAGCUUUUUUAGUUUGUGUUGAGUAUCAUUCGAGCGCCGGAGCAAAUUGAAGUUUUCUGAUGUCUUUCCCGCACCAGAGUUCUUAGGUACACCUCUUACUAUCUCCUAGUCGAGAUGGAAUAUCUCGUGGAAAUUUCCCAGAAAUUCCAGCUUAUACUUACAUUUAGUUCAAAUUUUAAUAUCGUAUUUUAAUUCAAUAAAAAUAUAUAAAAUGACAGGCUUCACUCAAUCCGUGGAUGUAAGUAUAUUUCACAGAACCAUAAAACGUCGGUCGACCGUAGUUGCUGACGGAAAAAUGUACAUACCACCAUCAUUGAAGUAAAGUAAUACUUGGUUGAGCGUUACGUUAGUUAUAACCUACGGUAGUUUCUCUUCGUUUUUAACGAAUGUUUUUUCCUUAUCUAUCCACUGCAUUUUUUGUGAACUUUAUAAUUAACUCGAGUUGAGAGGUCAAGUUUUCAACUGAUCUGAUGUAUAUGUAUGUUCUUGUAUCUCCGAGCAGUGGUUACUGCCUAAGUUCUUUCUCCCUGUUGUGCUGCUAUCCUCCUUUAUAAAUGCAACUCUACAUUUACCGCAUGUGACUUAGGGUGAAUUUCUCAGAGAAGAAUUCAUCAACUUUUAGGGAGAAAUGGAGGGAUACCAGACGAGAAACUCACAGUAUUGGAAAGGAAAAAAUAUGUACGUGAUCAUGUAAAAGGUUGAACUUGCUCAAAAGAACAUGUUAAACAGGUUAAUAUGCUCAUUGUGGCAGGCUCUCAUGGUAGUAAGGUGACCAAGUUUGAGAUCCACUGCAAUACGCGGAUUCUGUUCUCCUAUGACAUUCCUGUGAAGUUCGGCGGGCUCUGAAUUUGAUCCUUAUUAUCUCAUUUGUUUUUAUUAUCAAUCCAUGGAUUUGGUAUGGUAUGAGACAAAUAAAUACGUUAAGUAAAUAGUAAUCAUGUUUUU